AUGAAGGCACCAUCGCUUCUUGUUCAGUGUUUCCCUGGCUUGCUUCCAAGCAAGGCCACUAGUUGUGUGCCGAUUAUAUCAGAGAGGGAUCUGCAUCUACCAUCACCAGCUGUUGAACUAAUCCCUUCAAAGAGUGCUCAUCCUUACAAAUAUGCUGGAGAGAAGGUCGAUGUCCAAGGUCUUGAUGUUUUCAAGGGGAAGGUCAGUGUAGCAGAUAUGAUAGCCUUUUCCCCUUCUGAAGUAGCAUCAUCAAAGCAUGAUGGUAGUCUCAAAUAUUGGGAGAGUUCCAUCACUAUUGUGAAUAUUAUUAAGAAUGAGAUCCGUGAUGGGCAGCUGAGCUUCAGGGGCAAGCGAGUUCUAGAGCUUGGAUGUGGAUCUGGCCUUGCUGGGAUUUUUGCCUGCUUGAAGGGUGCAUCUAUAGUUCACUUCCAGGACACAAAUGCAGAAACCAUAAGAUGCAGAACAAUGCCCAAUGUGCUUGCGAAUCUUGAGCAGGCUCGGGACAGGCAGAACAGACCAUCAGAGAGCCCGGUUACACCAUCCAGACAGUUGUUAGCUCCCGUUGUCCAUUUCUAUGCCGGGGAGUGGGAUGAGCUCCCCACAAUUCUCUCAGUUGUGCAUCCACCUGCACAACCAACAAACCUUAGCUUCUCUGAGGAUGAUUUUAUGGAUGGCUGCAGUAGCCAUGACGGAAGCAGUAUAGUUGGUCAGGACCCCAGGCGAUCGAGGAAGCUUUCUGGCAGCCGUGCAUGGGAGAGGGCCAGCGAGACCGACCCAGCAGAUGGAGGGUACGAUGUAAUUUUGAUUUCUGAGAUCCCUAAUGCGGUGAACUCUCUAAGGAAGCUCUAUGCCCUUAUCACUAAGUGCCUACGCCCUCCUUAUGGAGUCUUGUAUGUGGCUUCAAAGAAGAACAUGGUUGGUUCAAGCGGGGGCGCAAGGCAGCUUAAAAGUUUGAUGGAGGAGGAAGGUGUCCUUGGUGGCCUCGUAUACAAAAAGAAUUCAUUUGUCUACUCGCAGCGCUGUACAUACCGCGAAGCUUAG